AUGCAUGUGCUCUUCAUCGCCCUUGUCGCCUACGCACUCUCCGCCAUCGCUGCACCCGUCUCUAUCCCGGGGGCAUCGGUCGCUAUCGCGACCAGCAGCAUUGUACCGUCUGUGUCGUCGGUCAUUAUCCCCACUGUGUCUCUUAGCGCAGUGGCUCCGGUUCCAUCCAACUCUUCUGCCUCGGCGCCCGACAACGCCGGGGGAGAUGAGGGUGAGGACGAGAGCGGGGAGGACCAACAGGAUGGGGAUGAAGACGAGCAGGACGAAAACGAAAACGAAGACGAGCCAGAUGAAGAUGAAGAGGACGAGGACGAGAAGGAGGGCGACGAAGACGAAGACGAGGAGGACAGUGACGAUGACAGUCACAGCGGCGGCACUCACGAGAAAUUCCGUGUCGAGUUUGAGAUCGACACGAAGCACUCCGACGUCGUUCUCAGCUCCAUCUUGCAACCAGCCGACACCCAUCUCGACGUCAAGGUUGAGCUCGAUGCAGCCAAAGCCGGUAGUCUUCUGUCGGUACUCCUGGGUGACCUGAAUCGCGUCCUAGAUGAUGCGGCCAACCUCGUCGAGGUUGGAGGGCAGGUUGGGGGCUCAGGAGGAGGUACUGGAGUGGACAACGGGUCGGCCCAAAACGGCACCCUCACUACCCAGGCGUCUCGCCGAUCUCUUCCUUCGCGCGAUCUUGCUAGCAGGUCCGAGGGGAAGAUAACUCUUCGUGCCAAGACGCGUCUGCAAGAAAAACACUGA